AUGUUCACACUGCCGGAGAAUCCCUAUGCCAUUCUCGACGUCGCCAAGAAUGCACAGAUUCCAGAGAUUCGGUUGGCUUACCGGAAACUGGUGCUCAAGUGCCAUCCGGACAAGGUAACCGACCCGGCGCAAAAAGCUAUCAAGGUGGAGGAGUUCCAAAAGGUCCAGAAGGCCUACGAGAUUCUUUCAGAUGAGAAUGAGAGGCAAAAGUAUGAUGAUAUGGUGAGAGCCAACGAGCUGGAGAAGGAGAAUGCCGAACGUCGUCGACAGCGCGACCGGGAAGCUACACCUGGUCGCACGCCGCCUCGCUCAUACGAUUCCGAUUAUGGCAGAAGCCCUCAGUUCACGGUGCAUGUUAAGCACGAGACCCCGUACAGGACACGUACUGCAGAGCCACCACUUAAGAAGUCACAAACCUGGUCUGCUGGAAGUCCGUACACAAGUACUCGAACGCCGCCAAGAUCGUUUGAGGAAAUGCCUCAGUAUACCACCUAUACCGCCGAACCGCGGGAAUCGCGGGAGUCACGGGACUCGAGGCGAUCCAAGAAAGCAUCAUUUCCCGAUGAGAAGAUCCCAUCAAGACAUGAAGACGACCGGAGAAGUAGGAAAAAGGAGGAAGAGAAUGCGCGUAUGCAGGAGAAGAUCGACAGGGCACGUCGGAAGCAGGAGGAGGCCAUGAGAGAAGCAGAGGAGAAGGAGAGGCAGCGAAAAGAGAAGGAGCGUCGCAAAGAAGAAAAGAGGAAGGCAGAGAAGGUUCGCGAUUCUGAGCGCAGACGGGACGCCGAGGAGAAGCGGACGCGCCACAAGAACGUUUAUGUCGAGGAGGACUCCGAUACUCCUCCUCCCGCCACCCCUAUAACCAAGGAAAAGAAGUCCAAAUCUAGCAGCCGCUCGAAAGAGACCCCGGCACAGAGUCGAGAGAUUCGCGAACCUAGGACGGAAGACAAGCAUGACCACCAGUACGCUUUUGCCAAGACAUACCUGGAGGCUUCUGGCAAGACACAUCGCGUUCAGACCUACUCUUCCACCUUACCUCCAGUACAAACACCACCUCCGGCACACCAUGGUGUAGCUCCUCCUCCGCCUCCGAUGGCGAACAUGGCGGAAAAGCUGUUUAGCGAAGAGGACGAGGAGCCUGUACCACGAUCUGCGGCUCGCCGCCGCAUGUCAAACGACUCGCCCCGAGUUCGCGACAAGGUCUCCUCGUCGUACAAGAAGUCAAGGGAACCUGAAUAUAUGGCCGAGCCAAUUCGACCGUCACCGCCCAAGAUGCAUCGCGCACAUACCGAGUACCCAGCACCAGGAGUCUCCCCUAGCUUUGCUCGCACAACUACUUGGAACGGCGAUGAGUUCCGUGCUCGGCGAGAUUACUUUGACGAGGGAUCUGACGAUGAUGCUCGUUAUCAAUCAAGACGUGGCCGCAGGGCUCGAUCCCCGGAGAAUAUGACGUUUACAUACAAGGUCGACGCGAAUAAUCGGACAACUCAACCAAAGGUUCGCACCAUGUAUGCCGAUGAACCUCCGUCCACCCGUAGGAGUGGUAGAUCAUCAUCCCACUACGCCGAGGCCAAUAUGGGACGACCCCUUGAGCACCGUCCUACCAUGCCACCCAGUCACAGCUUUUCGGGCCAGCAGUUUUACAGAGUUAAGCAAUCGAAAACCUAUGAUAGCGCCGAUGUUCAGUACUCUCCCCAUGCCCCUCAAAUCUACAACACACGCGAGCCGUACGCCGGGGUUGCGUCCUAG